AUGCAUCUCUCUCACUAUAUUUCCAUAUUGCUCUCGGUGUUGAGCUUUGUCUCUGCUCUUCCCCUCCAAAAUGACGCGAAAUCCGACGAAGCAUCUGAGCUCAUACACACGGCAGUGGUCACCUCAGCCGAUAACAUAGCUACUCCCGAGGAUGUUGAUAAGCGAUUCUAUUAUCAUGGCUACAAGCGCUCUGCCGAAACCCCCGAAGACGUUGAUAAGCGAUUCUAUUAUCAUGGCUACAAGCGCUCUACCGAAACCCCCGAAGACGUUGAUAAGCGAUUCUUUUAUCAUGGCUACAAGCGCUCUACCGAAACCCCCGAAGACGUUAAUAAGCGAUUUUAUUAUCAUGGCUACAAGCGCUCUUCUGACACCCCUGAGGAUCUUGGCCAGUGA